UGUGCCGCGGCUGUGAGGCUGUGAGGGGAGAGGCCCCUCCGCCUACGCCGUCUCGGACGCGUUCUAGCGGAAGCGCCGCUGCCCUGUAGGCCGUCGCGGGCUUCCCGGCAGGUGAAGGCGGGAGCCAUGUCGAAGCGGCUCCGGAGCAGCGACCUGUGCGCCGACUGCAGCGGGCCGGAUCCUUCCUGGGCAUCUGUAAACAGGGGAACUUUUAUAUGUGACGAGUGUUGCAGUGUUCAUCGGAGUCUGGGACGUCACAUUUCUCAAGUAAGGCAUCUUAAACACACACCGUGGCCUCCAACACUGCUUCAGAUGGUUGAGACUUUGUAUAACAAUGGCGCUAAUUCUAUAUGGGAGCAUUCUUUACUGGACCCUGCCUCUAUUAUGAGUGGAAGACGGAAAGCUAACCCACAGGAUAAAGUACACCCCAAUAAAGCAGAAUUCAUCAGAGCCAAGUACCAGAUGUUAGCAUUUGUCCACCGUUUGCCCUGCCGGGAUGACGACAGUGUGACUGCCAAAGAUCUUAGUAAGCAACUCCAUUCAAGUGUGAGAACAGGGAAUCUUGAGACCUGCCUGAGACUGUUAUCUUUAGGAGCCCAAGCCAACUUCUUUCAUCCUGAAAAAGGAAGCACUCCACUCCAUGUUGCCUCCAAAGCAGGACAGAUUUUACAGGCAGAGUUAUUGGCAGUAUAUGGAGCUGACCCAGGCACACAAGAUUCUAGUGGGAAAACUCCCGUUGAUUAUGCAAGGCAAGGAGGACACCAUGAGCUGGCAGAACGCCUUGUAGAAAUACAGUACGAGCUAACUGACAGACUGGCCUUUUAUCUCUGUGGCAGGAAACCAGAUCACAGAAAUGGACAGCACUUUAUAAUCCCUCAAAUGGCAGACAGACGGCUCAGCCUGGAUUUGUCUGAAUUGGCAAAAGCUGCCAAGAAGAAACUUCAGUCUCUAAGUAAUCAUUUGUUUGAAGAACUUGCCAUGGAUGUGUACGACGAAGUUGACAGGCGAGAAACUGAUGCAGUCUGGCUUGCCACGCAAAACCACAGCACCCUGGUAACCGAGACAACAGUCGUCCCCUUUCUUCCGGUCAAUCCUGAGUACUCAUCAACACGAAACCAGGGCAGACAGAAAUUAGCUCGGUUUAAUGCCCAUGAAUUUGCUACUCUGGUCAUCGACAUCCUCAGUGAUGCCAAGAGGAGACAGCAGGGUAGUCCUCUUUCCAGUUCAAAAGACAAUGUGGAACUCAUAUUGAAAACAGUCAGUAACCAGCAUAGUAUUGAGAGUCAAGACAACGACCAGCCAGACUAUGACAGUGUGGCCUCAGAUGAAGACACAGAUUUGGAAACCAAAGCAAGCAGAGCAAACCGGCAGAAGAGCCUAGAUUCAGAUUUGUCAGAUGGACCAGUCACUGUGCAGGAAUAUAUGGAGGUCAAAAACGCUCUAGUGGCUUCUGAGGCCAAGAUACAGCAGCUAAUGAAGGUGAAUAACAACUUGAGUGACGAGCUGAGAAUUAUGCAGAAAAAGCUUCAGACACUCCAGAGUGAAAACUCAAGCCUCAGGAAACAGGCCACAACUAGUGCCUAUCAGGUGCAGACUGGUUCUGAGUACCCAGACACUUCCAGCCACUCUUCCUUAAAACGACGGCCAUCUGCCCGGGGCAGUAGGCCCAUGUCUAUGUAUGAGACAGGAUCGGGUCAGAAACCAUAUCUCCCAAUGGGAGAAGCAAACCACCCUGAGGAGAGCAGGACGAGACUUCAGCCCUUCCCUGCUCACAUCGGGAGGAGUGCGCUUGUGACCUCCUCUUCAUCUCUGCCUUCCUUCCCCUCCACACUUUCCUGGUCCAGGGACGAAAGCACCCGAAGGGCUUCCAGGCUGGAGAAGCAGAACAGCACACCCGAGAGUGACUAUGACAACACUCCUAAUGACACUGAGCCGGAGGACACAGGAUCAAGCCGGAAGGGAAGGCAAAGGAGUAUGGUAUGGCCAGGUGAUGGCUCAGUACCAGACAUAACAGAAGCUCAUGGGGUUCCAAGCCCUGUGCUCCCCAGCACAGAGGAUGUCAUCCGGAAGACUGAACAGAUCACCAAAAACAUCCAGGAGCUCCUAAGAGCAGCUCAGGAAAAUAAACAUGACAGUUACACUCCCUGCUCAGAGAGGAUCCAUGUAGCUGUCACAGAGAUGGCGACAUUGUUCCCCAAAAAACCCAAGUCUGACACGGUGAGAACUUCCCUCCGGUUACUGACAUCCAGUGCCUACCGGCUCCAGUCAGAAUGCAGAAAGGCCCUUCCCGGGGACUCGGGCUUGCCCACUGAUGUGCAGCUCGUCACACAGCAGGUCAUCCAAUGUGCCUAUGACAUCGCCAAGGCCGCCAAACAGCUGGUCACCAUCACCACCAAAGAGAACAGCAGCUGAGCUGCAGGGUGCUGGCCCUUCUAGUCCCUUCUAUAUUUUCUAGGCUUUUUAAAGUCCAACUUCAAAUUUAGACAUGGAACUCUUCAGAUUUUUAUAGAAACUUUUAAUGAUAGUUUAAAAUUUUAAAAAAAAAAACCCUCAGUAUUAUUUUUGCAUGUUUUCUAACAAAUUUUUGACUAUUAAUUUAACCCACUUGCCUUAUUUUGUGCCUGUUUUCUAGCUCAGUUUCUAUUGUUCUGUUGUGUUGUCAGCAAGCGUUUAGGUCACAGUCAUAUAUGUCCAAAAGUAGUUUCAUUCUUAAAAGUUUGUUAAAACUUUUCCAUCCUGCCUGUGGGUAAAACUAUAAGUGAUAUUUUUAAGUAAAACAUUUUCUUAAGAGAGUUGAAUUUUUUACAAAGUCAUUGUUAUCUCUUGCCUACCAAGCAUUGUGCAAUAGGUGCAUUUUCUAUCCUACUGCAGAAUAUCUGAGUUUGGGGUGUCUCCAAGCAUGUAAGCAGGGAAAGGACUUAGCCACUUUCUAAAAAUAGUAUAUCAACUUCUUGGGAGAAAACAAGGAACUGAUCCAUUUCUAACUUUUAUAUCAUGUUAGGUGUUCUGUUAUUUAAUAUUUUUAUCUUGAUUUUCUAUCUCCAUAAAGAUUUUACCCUCAUCCUGAAAUCUCCGUAGACUCGAAUAAAGUAAUAACGAAUUCCUCCACAUCAUGGUCAGUUGGCUAUGUUCAGAGCAGGAGCACCACCAUUACCUAUCAUUGUCAGGGACUCUGCCAGACAGUUCACUGAGAACACAGCAAAGAGACGCACGAGUCUCAGGCUUGCCGUUCAGGCAUCCCUGCCGUGGGCCAGCACUGCAGUGCACCCUCCACCCUUUGACCCUCACAGCCUACUCAUGAGCAGCUGCACGUCUGCUCGUCUGGAAGGACUUCUUCCAGGUAAGACCCAGUCAUCCCAGCUGGUUUCUCUCCCUCAUCUCACUGGUACUUAGACGUCAGUUAUCAAGAGUUCCUGGGCUAGGAUGUAGCACAGUGGUCGUGUGUAUGCCUAAUACACUAAGGCCUGGAUUCCACCCACAGCUCUGCAGGAAGAAUUCUCCUGAGAAGGCUCUAGCCAUUUGCAAUUCUCCCAAAGCUCUGGAAGAGCACAGGUUGAAGUCUAGUCCAUGCCAGGACAGUUUUUGAGGUUACUCAAAGAUUCUUUUUCUGACUGUUAAAGUGCAUUUCUGUCCCUGCUGACUGCAUCGGUUUCAUGCAGCUAUACCCUGAUCUGACAGAGCAGGCAGGGUGCAUGAAUGAAGGCAGCCAGGUAUGCAGCAGGGCCCAGAGGACAGUUAAGAAGGUCCUGGUGGACCCCGUGAGGACAGCAGCUUCUUCCACUCCCCUCAUGUUGCUGAUAGAAAAGUAGAUGCUACAAGUUUGAUUUUGUUUUCCAAGGCACCAGAAAUUUGGAUUUUUUUUUUUUUUAAUGUCAUCUCUCUAGUUAGAAAUGUGGCAGCCAAUCCAGACAUGCUCAUAGAAUACAUGCAAGUAACCUGUGGAAUCUAGGCUGGCUUUCCUGGCCACCAGGAAUAGCCCGUGAGCCGGUCUAGGCAGCAGUUGUCACUCUCUGUGAAGUUACUCUCAGCCCUCUUUCUUCCCAGCUGUUCUGUCUCAAUAAUCAGACCACAGGUCACCUCACUGUGUGCUAAGCCUCCAUUUUCCCAGAAUUGACUCUAUCACCUCUAUAGCUUGACCCAGUACUGUCCUGAAAAUAACGCCAGAGUGUCAGGUCCUCUAAGCCCAGCUGUGGGUGCUCUUGUCAGAGUUGCUGCUCUGAGUAGCAUGGGAAAGGGUCCGUUUCUCUGUCCACAUAGCCUAAAAAUCUGCGUGACUGUCGGGUGCCCUGGAGAUGCCUUCUCGAAAGGGGCCUUCUAGCUUGAGGACAGGCAUCGUCUCUUUCAGUUAAGCUUUCGGCAUGCCUCUUGGACUCCACUACCCCACCCCACCAGCUCCCUGGGGUCCUUGGGAAGAACCCAGCAACAAUCCUGAGCUGGUUCCCUUGGGCCCCAAGAAAGGCAGGUCUUCGAGGCUUCUAGGAAGAGAAUUGUUUGCAACAGGUAGGACAGUUUCUUCCCUUGAACAUAAAAGGACCUGCCAGAGGACAUAGUUCAAAUUGUGCAAUCAGUCCACAGUGCCGGCCUGAGGCAGAAGCUCCAGAGAGAGGGCAUGCAGGGGCAGGAGGGCUGCAAGUCCAGGUCAAGCACCUCGUUUGACCUAGGUCACAACACUCUGCUCCUUGUCCUGGCUGCCUUCACACAUGGAUCCCACGGCCUCACACAGUUCACCUCUGCAUCCUGUCAGACUGCUUCUAUCUCUGUCUCCCUGUGUGCACCUCCUUGAAAGAGGACAGAGGUGCAGCUGAUAAGCUUGCCCUGCCAUGAACAGAAGGAAACAGCUCUGCCCUGAGCUCCAGUCCCCAAAAUGCAUCAUCGUCUGGGAACACAGAUAGUUUUUAUUUGCCAGAGAACAGUGGAUUGAUCCCCAGGACUUGAGUGCAGUGUUUCAUGACAUUGGAACUAUAAACACAACUCGGAGCGCUACCCCAAUCCUCAAGUGACUUGUCCCAAAACAGAAAUGUGUCCCCAAACUGAGGUUUUUAUCCUCAACAGUACCACGAGCUUCUUGGUGGUCUGAUUUCCUUUCCUUCCUUGUCCUGGUUGGACUUAACUCAUGCUCUUACAGAAGGAAAUGCUGCAUAGGAAAAAUGAGAUGCCUUUUAUUCAAGUGUUUCUCCAUGUCACUCAUUCUGUGUUUGUUUCUCAUUUGUGUUACGCAUCCUGUUCCUGUAAUUAUUGUAGCCUCAUGUGUUGUAAAAUCAUUUCAGAGUUAGUGCCUGCUAGUUAUACAAUAAACAGUCUUUUAAGUGUC